AUGGAUAUGAAUUUAACACAAGAUACUAACUUCAUGGUGUUAAAGGAUAGGAUAGCGAAAGACCUAAUCGAACUCCGCAACAAAUCAGUGUUCGCGUUCCUAAUGUUUAACGCUCUGUUCGUGUUAGUGGUGUUCCUGCUGCAGCUUAACAAGGACCAGAUCCACGUUAAGUGGCCGCUCGGAGUCAAAACUAACAUUACGUAUAUCGAGGAAACCUCCGAGGUAUUUUCUCUUUUCGUUCCUGCUCGUAUGCACUCUCUCUGUCUCUAUCUUUUGCCAUGA